UCUCUCUCUCUCUCUCUCUCUCUAUAUAUAUAUAUAUAUAUAGAUACUUGCACUUCCACUCUAAAGUUACACCCGUUCUAGUUCAUACCCUUUUUUUCUGUCUAUAGAGUUGAUAUCACAGCAACUAUGGCAAGCAUUUCACAAGUGUCAGGACUAGAUGCUCUAGGCCUAGCGAACAUGAUCAUAUCAGCAGCGAGAAACGCCACCACACACCGGAGAAACUGCGAGCAGCUCGCUGAGCACGUAAAGCUUAUAAGUAACUUGCUAGAGAAGUUAAAAUCGACUGACUUGAUGAACCUGCCAGCUACAAAAGAACCUUUGGAGGCCAUGGAAGAGGCUUUAAGAAAAGCACUUGAUUUGGUGGAAAGCUGCAAAGAUAAGAGUUAUCUUUACAUGCUUGCUAUGGGGUGGAAUGUGGUUUAUCAAUUCAGGCAAGUUCAGGCUGAGAUCGAUCGGUAUCUCAAGAUUGUGCCUUUGAUUUCUCUUGUUCAUGAGUUCAGGAUGCAGAAUAUAAAGGAAGGCCUGCAGGCCAUUGAAGAGGAUCACAGAGAAUACACUCUGGAAGAAGAGGAUUUAGAGGCUCAGAAUGUGAUACUGAAACCUGACAGGACAAACAAAGACGCCAACGUAUUGGAGAAGUCACUGUCUCGGCGAUAUCCUAACCUGGAAUUCUAUGAGGCUCUCCAAGAAGAGAAAGAGAAGCUGCAUAUUGAGCUGCAAAAAUCAAGAACAAUCAAUGAUCCGAAUCAAUGUCGCGUAAUUGAACAUCUCAUUGAGGUCACAGAAAAUGUUGUCAAUGCAAUUCCUCAGAAGAAAGUCACUAAACUUAUUGUCAAUGAACCAACUUACAUGGUAUCCGGGUUCAUAACCAAUGCAAAAUCCAGCUAUGAAGACCUGAAGCCUGAUGAUAAGACACAAUCUGAGUGGCAGGUUGACCUUUUUGAUUGUUGUGAGGAGCCUUGUUUGAGCUUGAAGACCUGCAUCUAUCCAUGUGGCACAUUUUCAAGGAUAGCCAAUGUUGUGUCGAAAGGGGAAAUAUCUCGUGAGCGUGCAGUGAAUGAUCUAAUGGCGUAUGCCAUCUUCUGUGGAUGCUGCUGUUACACCUGCUGCAUAAGGAGAAAAAUUAGGCAAAUUUUUAAUAUAGAGGGAGGUUUGUUUGAUGACUUCUUAACUCAUCUUAUGUGUUGCUGUUGUGCUAUGGUUCAAGAGUGGAGAGAGCUUGAAGUCAGGCGCUUUGAAGGUUUGAGCAACAAACUUCGAUUUCCUAACAUUAUUGGCUAUUUGUGUUUAGAGUUUUCAGCUAAUAAUGCACUAGAUUUCUCAUAUAAUCCCAUUUAUAAUCUGAGUUUUAAUGCCAAUAGAAUCUCUCUGAUAAAUCCCUUUCUGUGCAGGCUGCCAAGGAAGAAAGAUGAUUCCUCCCCCUUACCAAUACAUGAAACCGUGAACCACGAUCCCUUCUCUCUUAAACCUCUUCAUCUAUGUUUUGAUGGUUCCAUCAAGGGUUUGAAUCUUGAAGUCGUCCUUGUUAAGAAAAUUUUAUCUGAAUACCACUCCCGACCUGAAUGUAGAUUAGUCCCAUUCAUAUGUGCGGAUGGGGAUACUGCGUAGUUAAUUCAAAAAAAGAAAAAUACAUGCAAAGACCAAAAUUUUGCUGUCUACUUAAUUAAGAACAGUUUUGUAUGCA